AUGUCAACAAAUACAACCAACCCGAUUUUGAACAUGGCACAUUAUUCCCUCGAUGACAAAUACGAAGGAUGCCUGGCAAGCAUGCGGAGCCAUCUAAAGUCUCUCAUUCAAAGAGAGCUGAAUACCUCUGAGAUAUAUAGUGAAGCAUGGGAGACAGCCUUGUUUAAUUGGCAGGCCAACCAGUCCUGGUUAUACCCUCGGAAUAUGGAAGAGCUCUCUGAAGUGGCUAUCUGGGCAUACACACUAGAACACCCUCCACUCUAUAGGGAGUUCAGUGCUGCCACCCACACAGCAGGAAAAGGGCCUAAGGAAUAUGAGGACUACCCUUUCAAGUCCCUGCAUUUCCUCUUAACCCAUGCAACCAUGUCAUUCCGACCAACGGACCUCAAAUGUGUUGAGGUCUACAGGGGCGUCAGUGUGGAGUUUUCUGUCAAUGGCCUUUUCAGGUUUGGGCAGUUCACAUCCACAUCAGAGAACUUGGCACAGGACGAAAAGUUUGAGAUGGUAACCUUUUUCAAGUUGUUCACCUGCAAGGGGAUUGAGAUAAGUGAGAUGUCCUUAUAUCAAGAAGAGGAGGAAGUGUUGGUCCCUCCCUAUGAAAUGUUCAAGGUCACCUUGGCUGAAGACACCUCGAAUGGCAAGACUGUACAAGCCAAGUCUGUGGGGACUUGCAGCUACCACAACUGUGCUUUUGUGGGGCAAGGUACACGCAUGAGUCAGAAUUAA